GUCGCCGCGAGGCCGCUUGCAUCUAUGGUGCUUCUAAGUGGUGAAAUUUCGACGAAGCCGGAAGUGUUCGGUGGGUUCUGAUGAAGUUGGAAAUUCCCAUGAUCUUACACUCGACGAUGAUCAACGCUGUAUGCCUGCUCCAUCUUCUUCGUUUUCAUUUUGUCGUGGCGUUCCGGUCUACAAGGAA